AGCGGCACCUCGCAUAAGGUAUCAUCUUUCCAUGUAAUUUUUCUCUGCAUGCUCAGUUGGAGGUAACACACUUAGGAUGAUAUCAUCACGGGUUUCCCAUCAUCUUCGUUCUACGACAAACAUUCUCAGGACGGCGAAAUGCUUCUCUUCGUCCUCAACUCAUACAAGUCCAUACGAUAGAACAAUACGGAACCUCAAAAUAACAGACCAGACUCGAGUUAUAUACCAAGGCUUCACAGGCCCAGUGGCAACCAUAAAUGCAAAAGACACGAUAGAUUAUGGAACAAAAGUUGUCGGAGGAGUCUCUCCAGACAAAGGUGGCCAGACACACCUUGGCCUACCAGUCUUCAGCACCGUCAAAGAGGCGAUGAAGGAGGUCAAACCAGACGUCAGCGCGGUCUUUGUCCCAGCAAAAUUCGCAGCCACAGCAAUUCUCGAGGCGAUUGAAGCAGAGGUUCCCCUCGUUGUCUCUGUAGCAGAACAUGUGCCUGUUCACGAUAUGCUUCGGGUUCAUGAGGUCCUGAGAACACAGUCCAAGACCCGACUGGUAGGUCCCAAUUGUCCUGGCAUAAUCUCCCCGAACCAGUGUCGUGUAGGCAUAAUGCCCUACAAGCAGUAUACUCGCGGCUGUGUCGGUAUAGUGUCCAAAUCAGGUACAUUGAGCUACGAAGCUGUUGGGUCUACUUCACGAGUUGGCUUGGGACAGAGUCUUGUUGUGGGAAUGGGAGGCGAUAUGCUACCAGGCACGACCCUGGCAGAUGGACUGAAGCUCUUCUUCAACCAUGAUGAAACCAAGGGAAUCAUCGUCAUUGGAGAAAUUGGGGGCGAGGCGGAGCUCGAAGCCGCGGAGCUCAUUAGAGAACAUCGCCGCACGUCCCCAAGACCCAAGCCUGUCAUAGCGAUGGUAGCAGGGCGCACGGCGCCUGAAGGAAAGGCCAUGGGACAUGCUGGUGCGAUAUGGAGAGAUGGAGAUGUAACUGCAGAGGCUAAGACUAAAGCUCUAGAAGAUGCAGGAGCUAUCAUCGCGCCGCACCCUGGAGUCAUGGGCGAAAGGAUGAAGGAGUUGCUUGGGAUGUAAUGUGUUGCUUCCCUUUCUUUCUCUCACCUUCGCCGAUACCAUAAGGUCAGGAUUCCUCUCACAGUUAGAAACUCAGCAUCAACAUAGCACAUCACAUCACAGAUAUCAGCAAAAGCUACAGUCCAAAAUGUUUGAUCUGGACAGAAAAUUCGAAAUCGACCCCUCUACCAAAAGAGUCUAUCUCGGAGAGUAUUACAACCUCUGCUUUGACUUUCACGC